GUGCGGACACGUGGCACACGCUACGUAUCUAUUUGGUCGUGUAUUGAUUCCCCACGCGCGUCCUCUAAUCGCUGACACACACCGCCAUGUUGGAUACCGAGCCGACGACAAGUCCGAUCCGCCUCUCCGCAUUUAUCUCGCAGAUCUUGUCCUACGGCACCGUGCUGAUCCGUGUGCUCAAAUAGCAGUGGACUUACGAGCGAGAGAAGAGUAUAAAACACGGAGAGAGCCCUGUGGAGCCAAUAAGCAGCUGCAGGGACGAGCAUGGCUUUGUGCCAACGGUUGGUCGCUGGGGUAGCGAAUGGCCGAGUUGACUCGAGACGGCAGAGAUAUGGUGCCAGCCACAGGGUCAGGCACGCGGGCCCUGGAUCAGGGGUGUUCCGCUACCCCUGCCGGUCUGGGCCCAUUACGAGUCACCAGCCCUGACCGUACCCACGGUCGAACAGUAUGAGGAAUUAGCAGGCAGCGUUGAACUUGAGACGCAACGUCUAUUGCGUGAGCAUCGCUAUGACACUAUCGGCAAUUUCCUCAGGUUUUACAAGGACUACACUGCAAGCGGAGAAAACAUGCUGGAUCGAUUCUACCGUAAAUAUCAGCCGCUAAUAACCCACGAACACCAUACCUGCGUUGGUCUUGGAUUUGAACUACUACAUCGAUUAACAGGUUUAAACAAGCGAUUUCCUGGAAUAGCAAGUGGCCUCUACCUAGUAUCUUGUGAAGAAACGAUCGGCGAUAUCGCCAGCUAUGUUGGCGGUCCACCAGCGGCAGACAGUGGUGAAAAGGAGCAUGUAUUAGUGUGCCUGAAAAUCGAGAUCAGCGGACGUCGCGGCGUAAUGCUGCUCGAUCCUGGUUACCACGUAGCGCGCGUUAUCACUGUGAUGGCCGACAAACUGUAUCCUCACACAGGCUGGUUUACACAAUCCGACGAGCCAACCUGCAAAAAAGAGUACAACUAUUGUCUAUGUGAUGAGGAUCCCGAUUAUAUCGAGUGGCAUGAGAGAAAGACUCGACCUGGUGCCUUGGAGAGGACGCAAGUCGCUCUCAUUUAUGUGGCAAGGCCAUAUUUAACUGCCAUUGACGUUACGGAGCGUAGGAACUUGGUUUAUAAUUACAGGAGUCUCCUCGCCAGAGACACUAAAGGCCACGUUACCGCCGGGAUAUAUUUCCCCGUUGUACUAGACAUGAACAACGCACAGACCUUCACGAUUUUCUACCAGACCGGUAACGGAAAGAAGCGAGUUAAAAUGGAAUUCAAUAAAUUCUGCAGUUCACCUAAGAUACGUCCUGACGCCGAGGAAAUGGAGAUAAUAGCGGAAUGCGCUCGACAACUUAACAUUUCGCAAGACAUUUUGGAGGGUAUGCUCUCUGCCCUAGCCACUGUCAUGAGCGACUCGUCAUUUGUGGCACAGCUGUUGGCUAUCAAUGCGCGAAUUAACACCCUAGCAGAGGCAAAUUGACGGGAAUCACGCCGCCAAUGUAGCAUCGACACUACAUUAUGUUUCAUCAUUUCUUUUGCCGGCUUUCCUCUUACUUUUCUUUUUCUGUUUGUAUCUUGUAGUUUGUUGUUUUAUCUUUUGUUCUCGUAUCAAUCUUUUAUUAUUGCGCAAUUAUGCUUCGUUACAUUUAUGAAUUUUAUUUACAUUUACGCAAUUCAAUGAAAACAUUAACAAGUACGAUUACAUCAUCGGAAUAUAAAGGAAUGUACGAUUUCGUAAUAUUAGAUAAUUGCUUUUUUAUUUUAUGUGCCAAGCCAAGCACAUUUAAGAUAAUCCAUCCAUGUUGAUAUCUAAAAUAUUUUUACGCGCUGGUUUAGACCCUGGAUAUUAUUUAUAAUUUAUAAAUAACGUUUUAAAAUAAUUUUAAAAAAUAUAUAUAUAACAUUUUAUAAAUGCAGUUUAUGAAAUGUUACUUAUGAUUUUGGGAUAUUGUUAAAUCUGUGUUCCAUAACAAUGAAACAGAACGAUGGUAAUAUUUUCAUUGAAUAUUCCCGAAAUUGAAGUAAAUUAUGGACUACUAUUUACAUACAAAUGCUUCUGUAAAAGUAUAUUGGUGUAAGGGAUAAUUUAGUUUUGCUGUUUGUUCUUUAGAAUAAUGAUAUGUAUCGAUUUCAAUUAUAGACACUAAAUUUGAUUUCGUUUUAAUAAAAUGCUUGACUGGAA